GAAUAGAAUAUAGAGGACCUCGAGGUGUAUACGUGUAUAUAUUGACUUUGUAGCAGGCAUCACCAUUUUCAUUCCUGGAUGAUGAAGAAUCAUCAUGCUGGAAUCGCAUAUUUUAGGACAUCUUGCGUGUUUGCUUAUGAAGCGCCGCCACUUUCUCUGUUUCUUUUUUCUUUAUAGUAUCCUUGAGAUCGCCGCUUUCUUUCUGCCCAGGUAACCACCAACUUACUAUCUUACCAACUCCCUCCCUCCCUCCCAAGUAUCCCUUCUUUGUAAUUGUUUUUGUUUUCUUUUCCUUAAUCUUCGGUUUUCAUCUUUCCCUCGUUGUUAUACCCUCCCUCGUUCCCCCGCCAGAAUGAAACGCAUUCUUAGUACCAUCAACAAGCGCUCGACUCCUUCGCUCGAUGACUCAUCCAAGUAUGCCCAAGACUCUCCGGAGGGGAUUGUGAUGAGAGAGGUGACUGCGUUUUGCAAAGAGGGUCAGGGUCCGGACAAUCCCCAAGGAACAGAGUUCGUCCAUCUGCCCACCAUCGUCGAAAGCGCCGAAUCAAGCCCCAAUGCCGCGCGGGAGGCCGCCCAUCUCAUCCGUAAAUUGCUGUCGAGUCCAAACGCAACAGCCGCCCGCAUUCAGUAUAAUGCGAUUAUGCUGGCCCGUAUCCUCAUUGACAACCCGGGACAUACCUUUUCGCGCAAUCUAGAUGCCAAGUUUGUGGGGACAGUCAAGGACCUCUUGCGCCAGGGGACGGACAUGGGCGUGCAGCGAUUCCUGAGAGAAACUUUGGACGCAUUAGAAAUUCAGCGUUCGUGGGAUGAAGAUCUCGCGCUGCUGUUACAGAUGUGGAAGAAGGAGAAGAGCAAGAUGGAGAAAGUCCACAGUUCCCAGAACUCUCGAAAACCGAACUCUCGAAAACCCUGGUCAGCACCGCAGCAGCAGCAGCAGCAGCAGCACCCCCAACUGAGUAAUUUCGGGGAUGCUGAGCGCCCGGACUCUUUGCCCGCCCCCGAUGAACUGGCUGUUCGCGUCGCCGAAGCCAAGACCUCUGCAAAGCUUCUAAUCCAGUUCGUCCAGUCAACACCUCCGGCGGAGCUGCUUUCGCACGACCUGAUUCAGGAAUUUUCUGGCCGCUGUCGACGAGCAACGCGCGCAAUGCAAAGUUAUAUUAACGCGACGGAUCCCACUCCCGAUGAGGAUACGCUGCUCACCUUAAUUGAGACAAACGAUGAACUGUCUGUCGCGCUCUCCAAGCAUCAGCGGGCUAUGCUCCAGGCGCGCAAGCUCCUCGGACAGCAGGAGUCGGCGCAGCAAUCGGAUGCCUCGUCCCCAAAUCCAAGCAGUCAGUCUACGCCAUUUCCUGCUCCUUCUCUCCCCCCGCGGAGCCAAACCCCUCCAUCCGACUCCCCUCCGUCUCCAGUCUCUCCCGAACAGACCACCAGACGGUCGAUGACUACAAGGACUACACGCUCGGACAUCUCGGCGAUCAGUAGCAAUGGGACCGGCCCUCGGUAUGAGUAUCGGUCAGAGGAUUACCAGGUGCAGAAUCCAUUCGCGGAUAACUAUAGUGCCCCAUCCACCUUGUCUGCUCACGCGGAACAUGACGACCGGGUGGAUGAACAGGAUCAAUGGACUGAACCUCAUCAGCGCCCGGUUCAACAGACUUCAGGUGUUUUUCAUCGUUAGCUCCCUACAGUUCCCCAAGCUCUGAUAUAUACGCUUUCUUUUUUUUUUUUUUUUUUUUUUUUUUUUUUU